UGUCGAUUAGUUGCAAUGUAUCACUUAGUUUGUUCUUUAUUAUCUUGAUUAGCCUUUACAAAGAUUUUCUUAAUGUCUUGUCCUCUCUUAAUUUCCCCGUAUUUCUGCAUCUAUCGUAUCUAAUUACACCAAAUAGCGAAGAAAAAUAUUAGAAAAAACAAAUUCCUCUCUCCAAAGAUACCCCAAGGAAUAAAUGAAGAGUAUGCAAGACUAAAAAAUGACCUUAUCAAGAUAUGUAAUAUCAGUUAUAUAACCUUGAAGUAAUUUAUGAAGUUGUAAAGAAACGCAUUGCAUUUGUAUUUAAUGAACAAGUGGUACAAUGGAGGAGGCACAGUGUGAGAGUCCGCUUCAUGAUGAUGAAGUCAAAUCUGAAGACGAGCAGCUUGACGAUGAAGUAGGAUCCGAGAGUCCAAUUCAUGAUGAUAUAAAAUCUGAGACAAAGUUAGAUAUAACAAAGAAACUAUACACCUGUGAUGUGUGUUUGCUAAUAUUUUCUGAUGUCGGGAGUUUGACAGAGCAUAAACAGAUACAUGGCCCUGAAAAACCAUAUCCAUGUGAUAUCUGUGGCAAAUCAUUUUCACACAAAACUAAUUUAACUCGUCAUCACAAACAUGCACAUUCUGAAGGUAAAUCCUGCUGCUGUGAUAUCUGCGGUAAAACAUUUAUGACAAUCGAAACCUUAGCCACUCAUAAACGCACUCAUACAGAUAAGAAACCAUAUCAUUGUGAUGUCUGUAGUGAAAGCUUUACAAAACGUAAAACAUUAAAUGUCCAUAAACGUCGUCACACUGAGAAGCCACACGAAUGUGAUGUCUGUGGGAAAACGUUCUCUCACAGUGCUUAUUUAACUUCUCACAAACUUACCCAUUCAGAAGAGAAACCGUAUGAAUGUGAUAGCUGUAGUAAAACAUUUUCUCGGAAAGAUUACUUGAAACGUCACAGGCGUGUUCACACUGGGGAAAAACCAUAUGAAUGCGAUGUGUGUGAGAAAUCAUUCUCUGGUAGUGCAAAUCUAACUUGUCAUAAGCGCAAACAUACAGGUGAAAAACCGUACGAGUGUAAUAUCUGUGGUAAAACAUUCUCGACAACUGGAAAUUUAUCUUCUCAUAAACGAAUUCACUCUGAUGAGAAACCGUACGAGUGUGAUAUCUGCCAUAGAACAUUCUCUCAAAGUGGACAUUUAACUAAUCAUCAAAGUGUUCACACAGGUGAGAAGCCGCAUCGCUGUGAUGUCUGCGGUAAAACGUUUUCAAUCAUUGGAGAUUUAACACGUCACAAACAUAGUCACACAAUUGAGAGACCUUUCCCGUGUGAUGUCUGUGAUAAAAAGUUCACAACCAGUGAACAUUUAGCUUCUCAUAAACUUAUUCACAUAGAGAAACCUCAUGAGUGUGAUGUCUGCGGUAAAACGUUUUCAAGAAAAAGAUAUUUAAUUAGACACAAACAUAUCCAUACAGGGGACAAGUCUUACCACUGUGACAUCUGCGGUAAAUCAUUCUUCAUGCAUGCAGACUUAAUUCUCCACAAGCAAAUUCACACAGGUGAGGAACCUUACCAGUGUGACAUAUGUAAUAAAAUAUUUGCAAGAAAGAGGUAUUUAGUUAGACACAGACACAUUCAUAAAGGCAAUAAAUCUUCCCAGUCUGAUAGUAACUGUGAUAAAGAUGCACCAGAAGGUGAAAAUUCAGUUGAUAAAGAUGAUUCUGGAAACGAAAAUUCAACAGCUAGUAAAGAUACUCACAAAGAGAAACUACAUCAGUGUGAUGCCUGUGGUAAGAUAUUUGCACAGAAGAGAUAUUUAAUUCGGCACAAACAUAUUCACUCAGAUGAGAAGCCCUACCACUGUGAUACAUGUGGUAAAACGUUCUCUCGAAAUGACUAUUUGACACUUCACAAGCGUGUCCACUCAGGGGUAAAACCAUAUAACUGUGAUGUUUGCGGUAAAGCAUUCUCUACAACUAAAAUUUUAACUCGUCAUAAACGAAUUCACACCGGAGAAAAACCAUACCAAUGUAACAUGUGUGGCAAAACAUUUACUUAUAAAACUACUUUAAAUUACCACCACCAGAAAAGCAAAGACUGCCUUUAUAUACCACACGGCUUGGAUGUUCUUGCCUCUCAAUCUGUAGCAGAGCCUUCUUAUCCUUUGCCAGGAGCAUCGCUAAUGACUUCGCAAAGUCCUACAACCCACUAUCCUACUUCCAAUAUGGCUCUGUUAGCAGCACACUCGCUAUAAAAACUGCAAUGUCUACAGCUUGUAUUGCUUCCAACUCCCAAACUGCAUUUCAACAAAACUUUUCGCAACAGAGUUGUCAUGUAACGGACUCCUGCUAAAUAUAACCAUAUCUAGGUGUCUGGUCUUGGGUGUGUUCUUUCCCUAAGCCUCUCUACUCCUGACCUACAUCCUAUCAACCAAAAUCUUCAACCUUUCUCAUUUUUCAGAAAGAUCUAUGGAAACAUGCAGCAGUGUAUUGCUUCUCCCAAAAUGGGAAUUACCAACCUAUUUCUCUUCCUCUUACUCUCUUCCAGCACCUCAGAACUGACAACAGAAACAGUGGCCUCCAUUAAUUAUCUCUAGAUGUAUUUCGACUGGAGAUUUGUUUUGUUUUUCACUUGAUUCUCUUUGCCCUUGAGCACUCUAGUGAAAGAUGGCAUUUUAAUCCAUUUGGCCUGAAUACCUAAGCUGAGGUGCCCACCAUUGGUCUAUAUCAUGUCUUUUUGUCUGGAUUUCUGCAAAAUCAAUGCACUGUUCAAUGUGUGCAGAUGAGGCCCUCACCAAUACAUAUUUUAUAAACUCUGGUCUACUCCAUGGUCCAACUACAUUUCCCACACUUCUAUGCAGACGAUUUUACUGUCACUCUUACAAACAUCCAAGCCCAAAACGGGUCCUGUGCUUUUUCCAUAAAACUGAGGAAGCUUGAAAAGAUUCUUCAUGACUUUAAUGACAAUCUAAUCUAUUUCAACAACAUAACAACAAGCCAAGCAGUCAAUCCUGUAUAUCAUCCUCUAUAAUCAUGAUCGAAGUCCCUGAAAGUGCAAGAUCUCACAAUCUUCAAUGAUCUCUCAUGGUAACCUCUUGUGCUAAACACUUUCCACAAUCCUCCGGAGCUCCAUAGUGUUCCUGUCAAUACAAAAAAGUGUAAACAUUGACAAGAUGCUUAGUCAUGUGUGCAAAUUAUGAUCUCUACAGAUGUUUACUCCAAAGUCAUUGUAGAAUGAGACUUCAGUGUUUUCUUGUAGGAAAACUCGAUUGAUUUGCUGUGGUGUGUAUAUAAUUUCUCAUGCCAAUAUGAUUGAUAUCUGUAGUUAAAACAUUUGUAACAGAUGUUUUGGUUUUCCACAAACAUUCGUAUAGUUCAUAACGAUACUCAUAGUAUAUAUCAUUCUUAUUCACCAAUUUCCA